AUGGCUACGGCAACGUCAACGACCAAUUCCACGACGCUGGCCGGCUCCGCGUCUGAUCCGAACUACGUCCCCCGCGGCCCCGUCGAGACGGAACUGACCUUCUUCGUCCCUCCCGCUGAUGGCUCGGUGCCAUUUAACUAUGUCGAACAGCCGCCUGAGGGCGAGCCCGAGCGCAACUACGGCGAAGGGUUACAGAAGGUCCAUUUGACCGACGUCCGCGGCCACGAGAGCGAAUAUAACCUCGACAAGGACGCCUUCCAAGUCCUCCAGAACGUCCCGACGGCGACUACAUACGAGACCUUCAACUCCGAUGAAGAGGUCCAAAAGGUCUAUUAUCCCGAGGUGGAGAAGUUGCUCCUGGACAACGUCCCUGGCGCACACAGCGUCAUUCUCUUCGAUCACACCAUCCGGCGACAAGAUCCCAAUGCACCGCGACAGCCGGUGAAUCGCGCGCACGUUGACCAGACCGUCAAAGCAGCAGAGGAUCGUGUGCGGUUGCAUGUCCAGGACCCCAAGAAGGCAGAGGAGUUGCUCAAGGGCCGCUAUCGGAUCAUCAACGUCUGGCGGCCGUUGAACGGUGUCGUGCAGGGCUCUCCGCUAGCAUUCGCAUCUGCAGAUUCGGUGGAUCCGAACGAUCUGGUCCCGAUCCAGCAUCGAUACCCUCAUCGCACGGGAGAGAUCAUGGGCGUCAAGUACAACCCGAACCAGAAAUGGAUGUAUCUGUCCGGGAUGGAUAACCACGAGCGGUUGUUCUUGAAGUGUUCCGAUACCCAGGAAGGAGUCGCGCAAAGAGUGCCGCAUACUGCUUUCACGGACCAGCGAACGCCGGUUGGCGCGAAGCCUAGGGAGAGUAUCGAAGUGAGAGCUUUGGUGUUUGGUUGA